AUGUCCCUGAUAAAUGAUUUGCAAGCCAAGGCCCAACAAAGCAAUGGCUCAUACCUAACAAAGCCAACUCUUAUAAGACUUUCAGACCACUUGAUGGAGGGAUAUAAGAAAGGGACAAGACCAGUUCAUAACUGGAGAAACACUACAAUAGUGGACAUUGAGAUCGUUAUAUUUGCCAUUUUGGGAGUAGAAGAAAAAAGUCAAAUGCUGAAAACUUACCUUUGGCUUAGAGAGUCAUGGGUUGAUGAAUUUCUCACCUGGGAUCCAACAAAAUUUGACAAUGUCACUCAAAUUUCCAUUCCUAGACAACUCAUCUGGAUCCCAGAUAUAGUGGUCAUGGAGUUUGUUGAAACAGCAAUGGCUUUAGAUAUUCCUUAUGUGUAUGUGGAUUACCGAGGAGUAAUAAAGAACCACAGACCCUUGGUUAUAUCAACCGCCUGCAGCCUCAAUAUCUUCUAUUUCCCAUUCGAUAUACAAAGGUGCCCCAUCUCCUUUACCAGCUGGCUUCACACAAUUGAAGAUGUAAAUGUAGAACUUGCAAAAGAAAAAUAUGAGCUGAAGCAAUUCAAGAGUAAGUACAUGAGUGAUGGUGAAUGGGACCUUAUCAAUGUUUCCUCCAGUUACAAAUUUAUCAAAGAACAGCAAACAACCCUUGGAAAGAUAGAAUAUAUUGUAAGUAUGAAGUAG